AUGGUUAACUUCACGGUCGAAGAGAUCCGUGAGCUCAUGGACGAUGCGGCCAACAUCCGUAACAUGUCGGUCAUUGCCCACGUCGAUCACGGAAAGUCCACCUUGACCGAUUCGCUAGUCCAGCGUGCUGGUAUUAUUUCGGCUGCAAAGGCUGGUGAGGCGCGUUUUACUGAUACGCGUCCGGAUGAGCAGGAGCGUGGUGUGACCAUCAAGUCCACCGCCAUCUCUCUGUACGCCACCCUGAACGACCCUGAGGAUCUCAAGGAUAUCCCCGUCAAAACCACCAAGAAUGACUUCUUGAUCAACUUGAUCGACUCACCAGGUCACGUCGAUUUUUCUUCUGAAGUCACUGCUGCACUCCGCGUCACUGACGGUGCCCUUGUCGUCGUUGACACCAUAGAAGGUGUGUGUGUGCAGACCGAGACUGUACUGCGCCAGGCUCUUGGUGAGCGUAUUAAGCCUGUUGUCAUUAUCAACAAGGUUGAUCGUGCUCUCCUCGAACUCCAACUUGAGAAGGAGGAUCUGUACCAAAACUUCUCCCGUGUUAUCGAGUCAGUCAACGUCGUUAUCGCUACCUACUUCGACAAGGCUCUUGGCGAUGUCCAAGUUUACCCAGAGAAGGGUACGGUCGCCUUCGGCUCUGGUCUUCAUGGCUGGGCCUUCACCGUCCGCCAAUUUGCCACAAAAUAUGCCAAGAAGUUUGGUGUCGACAAAACCAAGAUGAUGGACCGUCUUUGGGGCGACAACUACUUUAACCCUAAAACCAAGAAGUGGACCAAGACCGGUACCCACGAGGGCCAAACCCUUGAGCGUGCCUUCAACCAGUUCAUUCUUGACCCCAUCUUCCGUAUCUUCAACGCGGUCAUGAACUUCAAAACUGACGAAAUUCCUAAGUUGCUCGAGAAGCUCGAGAUCAAGCUGGCCAGUGAUGAAAAGGAGCUUCAAGGCAAGCAGUUACUCAAGGUUGUGAUGCGCAAAUUCCUCCCUGCCGCCGAUGCCCUCUUGGAGAUGAUGAUUCUCCACCUCCCAUCGCCCAAGACCGCUCAGAGGUACCGUAUGGAGACAUUGUAUGAAGGUCCCAAUGACGAUGAGAACGCCAUUGCUAUCCGUGACUGUGACCCUAAGGGCCCUCUCAUGCUGUACGUGUCCAAGAUGGUGCCGACUUCAGACAAGGGACGUUUCUUCGCCUUUGGCCGUGUUUUCGCCGGUACUGUUCGCUCCGGGUUGAAGGUCCGUAUCCAGGGCCCCAAUUACACCCCUGGAAACAAGCAGGAUCUUUUCAUCAAGGCUGUGCAGCGUACCAUCCUUAUGAUGGGUCGCUUUACCGAGCCCAUUGAGAACGUCCCAGCUGGUAACAUUUGCGGUCUCGUCGGUGUCGAUCAGUUCUUGCUCAAGUCCGGUACGUUGACCACCAACGAGACUGCCCACAACUUGAAGGUCAUGAAAUUCUCUGUCUCUCCUGUCGUGCAACGUUCCGUUGAAGUCAAGAACGCCCAAGAUCUUCCCAAGCUCGUCGAAGGUCUUAAGCGUCUCUCCAAGUCCGACCCUUGUGUCCUCACUUACAUCAACGAAUCUGGUGAGCACAUUGUUGCCGGUGCUGGUGAGCUGCACUUGGAAAUUUGCUUGAAGGAUCUCGAAGAGGAUCACGCUGGUGUGCCUCUCCGGGUUUCGGACCCUGUCGUCCAGUACCGCGAGACCGUUGGUACCGAUUCUAGCAUGACUGCUCUGUCCAAGUCGCCCAACAAGCACAAUCGUCUCUACGUCACCGCGACCCCUCUUGCUGAGGAAGUCUCUGUUGCCAUUGAGGCCGGAAAGAUCACUCCCCGAGACGAUUUUAAGGCUCGUGCUCGUAUCCUGGCUGAUGACUUCGGCUGGGAUGUCACCGACGCCAGAAAGAUCUGGUGUUUCGGCCCAGACACCAAUGGUGCCAACUUGCUCGUUGACCAGACCAAGGCUGUGCAGUACCUGAACGAAAUCAAGGACUCCGUUGUCUCUGGUUUCCAGUGGGCCACCAAGGAAGGUCCAGUUGCUGAGGAACCUAUGCGUUCAGUCCGCUGGAACAUUCAGGAUGUCACCCUCCACACUGACGCCAUUCACCGUGGUGGUGGCCAAAUUAUCCCCACCACACGUCGUGUGCUCUACGCGGCCGCUCUAUUGGCUGAGCCAGGUCUCCAGGAGCCCGUCUACUUGGUCGAAAUCCAGGUUCCCGAGCAGGCCAUGGGUGGUAUCUACGGUGUUCUUACGCGGAGAAGAGGACACGUCUUCGAGGAGGCCCAGCGUCCUGGUACUCCUCUGUUCAACAUUAAAGCUUACCUUCCCGUCAACGAAUCUUUCGGUUUCACCGCCGAUCUACGAUCCAACACUGCCGGACAAGCCUUUCCCCAAUCAGUGUUCGACCACUGGCAGAUCCUUCCUGGUGGCUCACCUCUUGACAAGACGACCAUGCCUGGUAAGAUUGUUGAGGAGAUGCGAAAGCGUAAGGGUAUCAAGCCUGAAGUACCGGGCGUCGAGAACUACUACGACAAGCUAUAA